AAAGAAUGAAUUUUCCUGUUAAUUACCUGUACUAACAAACACCACCAAGAACACUCAAUUCAACACGCAUCCAGGCAUAGAGGAAUUUCAAGAAUCUGACAAGAACUACUGAGAUUUGAGUAGCUUAACCCGCCGGAGAAGAAGUUUGGUAGUUUGGGUGUUGCCGGCGUCUAUAAUGAGUGCGUCGAGGUUCGUAAAGUGCGUGACUGUCGGUGACGGAGCCGUGGGUAAAACUUGCCUUCUCAUUUCGUAUACCAGCAACACCUUUCCCACUGAUUAUGUGCCAACUGUUUUUGACAAUUUUAGUGCUAAUGUUGUUGUGGAUGGGAGCACUGUUAAUCUAGGGUUAUGGGAUACUGCAGGUCAGGAGGAUUACAAUAGAUUAAGGCCUUUGAGCUACCCUGGGACUGAUAUCUUUAUACUUGCAUUCUCCCUUAUCAGCAAAGCUAGCUAUGAAAAUGUUUCUAAAAAGUGGAUUGCUGAAUUGAGACAUCACGCCCCUGGUGUUCCAAUCAUUCUUGUUGGAACAAAGCUUGAUCUUCGCGAGGAUAAACAGUUCUUUUCAGACAAUCCAGGAGCAGUACCCAUUACGACUGCUCAGGGAGAGGAGUUGAGGAGAAUGAUCGGAGCAGCUGCUUAUAUUGAAUGCAGUGCAAAGACGCAGCAGAAUGUGAAGGCUGUCUUUGAUGCCGCAAUUAAGGCUGUUCUGCAGCCAACGAAACACAAGAAGAAAAAGAAGAGUAGAGGUCAAAAGGCUUGCAGUAUACUGUGAUUGCUAAAAGAAAGGUUAAGGAGAGGAGAGAUGAUCUUAUGCAUUUCUUCUGGGUUAAUCUGAUACCAAAACGAUACGGUACCCUGUGAGACUGUGUUAGGGAGCUCUCAGUUUGUUGGUUUUCUUACAUCAGCUGUAUAACUGUCAUUGAGGUGUGUACUAUGAUAUGAAGCUGAACACUGAAACCUAGAGAGCAUGUUUAUUGUCCAAUCUGGGCAAUCUAAACAUGCCAAUAAUGUAUAAAUUUCGUGCUGUGUAUACCUGUUUAUGGCUCCUUGGUCUAGCAAGAAUUGUUGGUUCAAAGAUCCAAAAAA